AAAAGCCACCUGUACCAACAAAGAUCAGGAACUCUUGGACAAUAGCUGAUGAUGAUGAUGGUGGGGGUUGUGGUGGAGGUGAUUCAUAAGCGCCAUAACCACCAAGCCUCGUCUCUGAAGGCGGUGCAGGCGUCUAUAGUGUUUUCCCUGCAAGCUGAGGUGGUUGAGGUGCAGAGCGACGCCCCUUGACAAUGCCAGACAAGAAGCUUUGAUACGAAUCUUGGUCUCAGACAUGAAGAAAUGGUCUUGAGAAGCAUUUGUAUUGGUCUUUGCUCUCUAAUAGGCUUAUAUGGAGUAUUUGGUCAAGAGUUUGUGUUAAAAGAUGCAAAACCAGAAUUUGUCAACAUGUAUGAAAAUGUGACCCUGCCUUGCCCCCACAGUCAGAAAAAGACAAUGUGGCAUAACAUUGGAAAGCCUCGAGGAGAAACAGUGUUAUCCAAUGGGUCGCUUUUCAUCAGUAACGUGACAGAACUCAACUCAGGAAUCUACCUUUGUGUUGAGCAGCAAGAUGACUCAGUUAUUUACUCUGUCCGUCUUGUUGUUGGAGUGCCCCCAGACCCCCCGGAAAAUGUGACUGUCCGAGCCCUGACCAUCUGUGUGGUGGUGACAUGGCACCUACGUCUGGACCCACAGUGGGAGGAGGAUCCCUCAGGCCCCCGCACCACACUCCACCUGCAGUACCAACCAGAGGACUCCCCCAUCUGGCGAAAACUUCCAUCACACAUCAGUCCAACACAGGGUCAAGUGGAUGUGUGCAACCUGAGCCCUAAUACCACCUAUGAGUUCCAGCUGUGGACUUCCAACAGAUUCGGCAAAAGUGAAACAGUGUCUUUUGUUGCCACGACUCUCCCUUCAUUCUCAGAAGUUGAGCAGGCCAAGAGGCUGGAGGGCUUGCUGCAGGACUUCAACCCACUGGUUUGGGUGGUAGCAGUAGUGAUAGUAAUGGUGGCUACUAAUGUGCUGGGUGGCCUCCUACUCCUUGCUUAUUACUUCCAGCACAGAGUUAAAAGAUCAGGUGACUCAGAAGAUACAGAAAAGAUUGAGCUUGUUCCACACAUCAUUGAGAACCCUGGCUAUCAGAUGGACGGCUCGCGCAGCUUGGAAACCAUUCAUGAGUCCCUCCUUUCGUCCUCAUCGAGCUGCCAGGGUGCAGCUGCUGUGUUGUAGGUGUGAGCCAAACAGAGAGAGGUGUGCUGACUCAAUAACUUAUACAGGUGAGGCAUUAAGCUGAGGUGUGUAGCCAAAAAGUCAUUAAUGUGUAUGACCAUGGAAGGUUUUCUUCUGAUUAGUGUAUUUGUAAUUUAAGGUGAGAGUGAGUGAUGGAUAUUACUCAGAAAGGAUGCAUGAAAGUGAGAAGAUAAGAAGCUACCAAAAUUAAGUUAAGUCAUUACCAGAAGUUUCAUUGGUUUUAUAUUUCCCUUUUUAUUAGAUAUUUAAGUAUCUCUUUUGCAAUAUUCUCAUUCUUUCUCUGAUAUUUAUAGAUUUGUUUAUUUAUUUAUUUAUCCUAUACAACAAAGGAAGUAAACCACAAAAGAGAACCAGUUGGUGCUUUGACUUGGUAAUGGAAUGCAGGAUGGCUCAUGUCUGCUGCAAGAGAGAGAGAGAGAGAGAGAGAGAGAGAGAGAGAGAGAGAGAGAGAGAGAGAGAGAGAAAGUACGAACUUUUUAAAAUUAUUCUGUCAAAGGUGUUGUUUUCAUAAAAUAAUACAAGGAUUUUUUAUAUGCAAGAUUGAAAACUUUAAUAUAUUUUCGUGUAUGUAAUGUAUAUAUCAUUUAGUUGUAAGAAUCAUUCAUAAAGUUAGGGGUAUAAUUUCCAUGACAGAGUUGAGCAAGGGUUUGGUAUGCUGGGUAUGUCUGUGCUGAAGGGGGUUUGGUGUCUUGUGGAGCAGGUCUCUCUCUUCAUUGACUUAGGCUUUGUAUAGGGCUUCUAUUGGUGUAGUGUGAAGGGGAGCAAUUAUUUUUAUGAAUUGAAUUGGUAAGCUAUUUCCAUUUAUUUGUUUGAUGGAUCUGGUCAUUUGAUAUUUAAGUGUAACUGAAUUGUCGUUCUCAGUGGUAAAUGUUUGUUGGGUAAUUGUUGUGGUCAUUGUUUUGUUAGUGUUGGGUCAUUGCAACCAUUUAAGGCUUCAUUUUAUAUGGUUAUUAUUCAAUUAUAAGAUGCACAAAAUAUGUGUUCUAACAUAAUGUACAUUUCAACUGCUGAAUUUAUGAAUUAUUUAUUUUAUUCUAUUACUGAUACUUUGAAACCUGUUAGCUUUAUCUAAAGUAAUCUCGGCUUACCACAUAGAUAGUUGCCUACAUGUAGUCAUAAUGUAAUAGUUAAUGCACCGUCAUGUUUAUAUUGUGAAAGAAAAGACAGUAAUAUGCUAACAAGGAAUUAUGGGCCUUCCCUUGUAUCAUAUGACAAAAAAGCUCAUUACUUCAAAGAAACCUAUAGUCUACUCAAAAUGAAGUGUUCAUUUAGCACCUUGGCUAUGUGCUUCUGAUUGGCUGGAUUCUUUUGUUGCUCUUGUGGAGGUAAGCUGUCACUCACACAUCGGCAAGACAUGUUCCUACUAUUUGCCUUAGCUUACCUCAUAUACAAGAGAUGCCAUUACCUCAACAUCAUUUGAGAUAGCAGUGACUGUAAGACUCAAAUUUGAUUGUCAACACUCAGUAACACAAAACAUGAGUGACAAGCAUAAAAGAUAGCUUUUAAAAUGUUCACAUUGCUUGUUAUAUACCAUUGUGUUUGCAAUAUUUAUUGAAUCAAUACUGAAAUUGCUGAAUUUGACUUAUAAGGAAAAGUUACAUAAAUACAGAGGUGUAAUUAGAUUACAGAUAAAGUCAAAAUGUUAGUAAAGCUUGAAGACAUUUCAUAAGACCAUGUGGUAUUCUCCUUCAGUGCUCCUGAAGUGAUCAUGUUGCAGCAUACAUAACAAAUACCAGUAUAUAGUUAUGCUUAAAAUGAUCUGUCUGAAAAUGAGGGAAGUAUCCAGCCAUCAAGGAGAUACAUGACACCAUCAGAUGAACUCUUCAUUUGAACAGACUGCAGUUUGAUCUUGAGCAGUGAAGGAAAGAUUGUUUGUGUCCCUGUAUACCAAGGCUGUAAUUAUAUACUGGAUUCUCACUGUGUAAUUUGUGCAUCUCAAGUAAUGGAGACAGUAGAUUUUUAAGAAGAUAUUUGAUAGAAAGGAUGUGAUGAGGAGGAAGGAAACUGAGAAUCUCACGUGAUAUAUUGUCUUCUGGAAACGUACCAAAGAAAAGUAGUUUGGUAAUUCAUGUUGAAAGUCUUAUAAUGCAGAAGUGUACCUUUGUAAUGUGUAUACCUAACAGACAUCAGCAGCUGACUUAGACCUUGAGCUAGUCAGUACCUAUUUAUUCAUUGACAGUCAUUUGAUAUGUCAUCUUUUUCAAUGUAUCAGGUUUCUGUUGUAUUUAAAAAUGUUACAUUAUGCUCAUUUGUUGUAUGUGAAGUUAUUUUAACUCCAAGUCCUUCCCAUCAUAAGUUAACAAAUAACUUUUAUCUGAAAAGAAACAAUUAUAUCAUAUAAUGAUGUUAAUUUUCUGUAUUAUAAGCUUCAUGUAAUAUUUCUAGUUUUUAAAUAAGUGAACCUCACUCAUUCAUAAGAGGAUCUCUUUGUACUCAUUCAGCAAACCAUGUCACUAUUAUCAUUGUCAUCACCACCACCACAGUCACCCCUAUUAUUAUCAUCAGAUCUUAGUCUCAGGCAAUGUAAAUAGAAAACCAUAAUGGGGAGCCUCAAGAUCAUAGUGAAUCACCAUGUGACAGUGCUGGUCUCAUACUGGUUUACUGGAGUGAGAUUUAUUGCAUUUAGCUUUUGCAGUAGGGAAUGGAAUGGAAUCAGAUGUGCCAUUCCCUGUGAUAUCUUGUUGGUGCCAAUAUGUAUUGGCAGAAUAUUUCUACAAAUCAAAACUAGUGUGAAGAUUCAGGAAUAUGAGAUAAAAGAAUAGUACAUGAAGUGACCCAGCAAGCAACAGCCCAACAAGCCUCACUAGGACAAUACUAUGGCUCAGUGUGUAAUGUUAGUUUUCUAGGUUUACUGUACUAUCCCAGUGCAUGUGUCUCGCAUGGAUUUGUUUCAGAAUAGUUUCUUGGUGCUUUAAUGUAGUAGGACUAUACGCCUGUCAAGUAUUAGGAGCCUCUCAAAAUAUGUUAUGCAAAUAACAUGGGUAUAGAAAUUGAACAGAACCUCUGCUAUAAUCCCAAUUUUAUUCUUUUUGAAAGUUAUUGCAACUAAUUUAAAUAGAGAGAUUUAAAAUCAAUAAACAAUGUGGAUAAUUCACCUGCAAGUAAUAAAUGACAUGCAUUUGUAGCCAAAGGUGGCAGUAGAGGAGGGAGAUGAGGCUCCUCUUCACUGUCACUGACACUGCCACCACCACCACCUUCCUCUCUCCUCUCUUUUUUUAGUUUCUAAUGAUGCCUCCAUUAACUUUGUAAUCUUUUUGUCUACUACUUUCCUUUCCUUCCCAUCAAAUUCAGGAAUGUCAUCAAGAAGAUUGUCUUUAUCACAGUCUCUUGUCUUUUAUUUCCAAGAUUUGUUGCAAACUCUCAAAUCUCACAACAUUUGUUUAGAUAUCUGGUGAUAGCUGUUUGUUCUCUUUUCUUCACUUUCUUCUUAUAAGUGUCACCAAGUUCCUGGCAAGGCAGGACCAAGGAUCGAGGAGGGAGGAAGCUGGGAGUCGAAGAUCCAGGGAGGUGCUGGGGAGCAGUGGUAUGAUGUCAUGAGCCUGUCCAAGGUGGCAGAUGAUUUGAACUAUAUUAGAUACAAAAUUAGAUAGAGGUCCAAAGUGGUACUGGAUGUAAAUUCAGUAGAUUAAAACAAAUGGAAGAUCCUAUUGUAAAUUGGUACAUUAUGUUGGUGAGGGGCAGUGAGUUGCCCUUUGCUUGCUUCAGGUGUAGCCUGAACUCAUUUCAUCUGGAUAACUUUAAAUCUGGAAUUUUCCUUUUCAUAUUUUUCCUUUCAUUUACAAGAUAUUGCUGUUGUACUACAAGUAUGCUGUGAGAAAAUAAUUCAGGUGUUAUGCAUAUGUACACUCGUAUAACCAAUAAGUUUUAACUGGAAGUAGGAUGAUUUGUUUGAUGAGACCAUAAGAUAUAAAACAAAUAAUAAAAGAUGAUGCCAUCAUUCAAGAUUAAUAUAACUACAGUGUGUCUCAAUGGAAGGAAUGUUAUGAGCCUGAAUCAGUACCUCAGUGUGAGUGACUCAGUUGUUUGGAAGCAUAAAGUGGCACAAUGCUGCUCACACAUUACAAGAGAAAGAACAUGAAGGUGAAGGUGUUUCACCACCCUGGUGAGUUAAAUCAUGCCAAACACCUAUGUCAUUGGGACAUUUUAGUUAAGAUAUAUAUAUAUAUAUAUAUAUAUAUAUAUAUAUAUAUAUAUAUAUAUAUAUAUAUAUAUAUAUAUAUAUAUAUAUAUAUAUAUAUAUAUAUAUAUAUAUAUAUAUAUACAACUUUGAUCAACUCAAAGCCACCCAAAAGAAAGAAAAUUGCAGCAAAAUGACUAGCUGAGGACUGCAAAUAUCUAAUUCAAAAAGCCACCAGAUCAUUGUCCCUGGUUGGAAGAUCUUACCCACAAUGGGAAAAUUGUCCAUGUUUCCUUUCAUUUGUACCUCCUAGUGUUAUUGUACUGGGCAUUUGUCAACUAAAAUUUGAAAGGGUGAGGGUGUACAACAAAACAAGAGAUUUUAACUGGAAUACCAAAAAAAAAAGAAUUAGGCUGAACUAAGAUCACACACCUUGAUGCCUUUAGUGUAGCAAUAUAUACAAGUGGCAUGAAAAGAUGCAACAGUUCAUUUUAUCAAAAAAAAAAUAUGAGUGUAAUGUGAGACUGACUGAACUUUGAUUGGUCAUUUCAUUCAACCUCUUUGCAAAUUGCCAUUUACUGAUUUAUCCACUGUCUAGCAGGUUCCCAUGCUGGGAUGUUAAACUGAAAUUAUAUGAGUUUGCCUGCAAGUCAACAGAGCUUCUAUAGUAAAUUUAAUUAUUCUGGCUAUAAGAUGGGAUUGUACUGCUGAUGGUUAAAAAUGGAAAGUAUUAAUGCAUGCAGAAACAUGAUUAUGCUUCUGACUUCUUUCUCAUCUCAGUCUCUUACAUGAUGCAUUAGUUGAUUUACUAAGGAAAAUGUUGUUUUACCCCAACCCUCUUAAUUGUUGUGUUGACUGAUGUGAAUGAAUGUAUAACAAAGCAUUCCUCUGCAUAUCUAUCUACAUAUCUAAUGUGAUGAAGGCAUUGAAUAAUCAUUUGGCAGUACAAAACAAUUAGUCUUCAGGGAAUGUUCAUGAACAUUAAUGUUUAUUUUGAAGACAACAGUUUAUACCCUGUAUGUGUGUUCAGUAUUGAUCUCUCUGUGUGUGUUUGUGUCUGUGUGUGCAUGUGUUUGACUAAAUGAACAUGUGUGUGUGUGUGUGUGUGUGUGUGUGUGUGUGUGUGUGUGUGUGUGUGUGUGUAGUAAGCAAUAAUUAAUGUUACAACAAAUCCAGUGGCAUUUAGUCUCUGGAUCAACUUUUGAGUGGUUUUUGGUUUUUAGUUUAAGGAACUGCAUGGAUACCUUUCAGUGACACCUAUGUCCUUUCAUCACUAGUUCUUAUUUUCAUCUGACAUUAAUUCUUUUGUCUUUUCCUACUUAAAUUAUGUAAAUAGGAAAUGCUUUUAAGCUCUCUUCUGAAGAAAAGUUAAGCUUAAGAUUAAUCAUGGUGUGUUUCUUAUGCUUCAGAAGCUUUAAUUUUUUUUUAAUGUUGUUUAUAAUCAAGAGCUUUGCUGUCCCCACAGCAACAGCCUGUAUCUUGAUAUUAAGGUUCUUGUGUCAAACCUUCCUCAUUGCCCUUUUGUCUUUAUGAAUUGCAUCUUAUGACUGGAACUGAAUGCUAAGUCCUCUGUGGCUUCAUGAGAGCUAAUUGAAUCUAUCAUUGAAUGUAUACAUUCAAUGAAAGUUAAUUGAAUGUAUCAGUCCUUUUAGUCUGUAAGAGAGAUAUGGUCCUUACUUUGCAGUGUUGAAUGAAUGAAAGCUUUGAUGGCCAGUUCAUGCUUAAUAUUGACAGAGUACAAAGCACAUAUUGUAUGCACAGUCAGAGCUGGUGCUACAGUCAUAUGUCUGAUGAGUGGGAUGAGACAAGGAGAGAACCUAUUACAAAGUUGGUGUUUAUAUAAUUGAUUAUAAGUAUGCAUAGGUCUGAUGCAGGCUCAUCCUUCACCUUACAUAGCCCUCAGUUGAGUAACAAUAUAAAGAAUGGCUGGUUACAGAAUUGCUAGCUUGUGUGAUCACAACAUGUGUGCGGCUACAAAGUUCAGUCCUUAUACACCACCAUCAAUAAAGGGGUACUAUAAGAACAAGUAUCUAGAGCCCAGGUGGCAAGGCCUUAAGUGUCUAAAACCAGCUGGCACGUAUUGCUGUUAAACACAAUGCUGGGUUGUGUUGAAUAGACCUCUUUACGACUGGCAUGGUAGACUGCCCUGGGGCCAAGAUUGUAACUGUAUUAGUCACAUGUUACCUUGGUGUUUAGAAUUUAUGUAGUUAAAUUACCUCACUUCUCAGUGAUUUUGUCCAUUUUAUCAGUUGGGUUUGAGGUGUUGAUAACUCUUAGAGGAGCAAGAUGGAGGUAAUCUUAUGUGAGGAGAGGCCUAGUGUGACAAUUGUUGGUGCUGCUUAUUGCUGAUAAACCAACUGUUUGAAAUACUGUCUGCUUGCUGGUUAGAUGUGGUGGAAGCCCUUGAUAUCAGCUGGGCUUACUAUAGUCAGUCAUCUGCUUGGUCUUGGCCAUUCAUGGAACAAUUGGACAUUGCCUGUGUAGCGUAGGAAAUGGAAUGAUGAUGAUAAUGAUGAUUCAUAUGAAAUAACUACAAAGAUGUUAUAGGUAUGCAUUUAUUUAUUGAAUUACUGUAGGAUCACCAUUUUCACAAGUACAUCUUCAUAACUCAUCAUUUCAUAUAUAUGAAUGAGGUGUGAUAUUUCCCUGUUGUCAUGAUUUGUUCCAUCAUUCCCUGAGGAGGUUCAGCAGCAUAUAGCAACUGUCACCUUGAUAGCAUGAGCAACAUGGACCAUUGUGAUUGUACUUUGUUAGGCACUCAACUAUCUCACUUUGUGUUUUGUACCCUACUUGUAAGAAGUAUGACACUGCACAUACUAGCAAGACCAGAAGGAGUAAUGUAGAAGCGUCAGGUGUGAGUAAAGGAUAAGAUGAUGGGCUACAUAUUUAUGAUAAUAGAUCUGGAAAGCGGUGGUACUUCACUUCCCUCAAGUAACAGCAACCAGUCACAUCUGAUAGUUUGGCAAGUGUCCACAGGAGGAUUAGCAGUCACCACUGUCAUUGACAUAAUAUUUGGUAACAAGUAAAGAGCAAGAGGUAACAGGUAAAGAGCAAGAGUGUUGAAUUUUAAAUCAAUGAUAGGCAGGCAUUCUUAGUGUAGGCUGAUGCAACCUGCCUCCUCAGAUACCAAUCACUCAUGCCUCUUUGCCAUACUUUCCUGCUACCUUCUCAUUAUUGACUGGUUAUAAGAAGAAAACAACCAAUAUAUGUUUCACAUGACUGGUGAAAUAGCUCAAUUGUAUUACCAUAAAGAAUGUCUUCUGAUUAAAUUACCUGUAUGUAAGAGAAUCUCGUCUGAAUACAAGGCUGUGUUUUAUGAAAUUACGUAAUUACAGUAUACCCACCAUAGUUAUUCCUACAAUACCACUGUUCUUGAAUGGCUGAAGAAAGUAAUGCUUCACUUGAUACAACUUCCUCUAUUCUGCUAAAUAUGACAGGUACUGUUAUCAACUUGAACUUUUUAGAACAUCCUGGAUCAACAUACUGUUAUCAACUUGAACUUUUUAGAACAUCCUGGAUCAACUUACAAAGCACUGAAGUGUUUUUAUAGUGUUUCUUUUGUGAGAAACCUAAUUAUCAUUUGAAUCUACGGAUCAGAAUUCCCAUAGUUAGAAAAAGUAACGAAGUAGCAUUCUCCUGAACACAAUUGCUGGUGAAAUGUUCUCUUGAAAAAAAAACAAAAGUUAUAUCAUGCAGGGAAUAAUUGAAACAUUUACGUAACCUUUUCCUCCUGUUUGUAAAACUGUACCAUACAUGAUGUAAGGUGUAGCUGGCAGUCAUCGAAUCACCACAUCCUUGAUGUGGAUUGCUAUCGUAUUUCUUGAGGCAUUCAGAAAGAGGACACCUUGAGUCCAUGGACCAUUGCUCAGGAUGUCUGCAAAGAUCCCCCAUAGGCUCAGGGAUUUGAGUGCAGGUGAUGGCUUGCAUUAUCAGGGUUGACUAGUGAUUGCUUGAAUGGCUCACCAUGGAAAUGGAAUGUAUUGGCUCUGAUGUAAUGGUUACAUAUAAUUCAGUGAAAGAUAAAUGUUGGUAUAGCUAUGCAUUUUUGUCACCAUAAUGCCUACUAUGCUCUGAAACAGUUGAAAAGAAAAGUAAUUGUAAGGUAGAAAUUGAUAAGAUUCUAUUAGCAGGCUUCAGUUAAGCUUUUAAAAGUAAUCAUUAUUAUUAAGUUACAAGCUUUUAACUUACUGCUAAGAGUUAGUGUUUUAUGUAAAUCUGACAAAAGUCAGUAGCUUUAUUACAAAAAUUGUAAUUGGCAUUAAUACUAGUAAUCAUAUAUAUAUAUAUAUAUAUAUAUAUAUAUAUAUAUAUAUAUAUAUAUAUAUAUAUAUAUAUAUAUAUAUAUAUAUAUAUACAGUAUUUAUACACACACUGUGUAUUUCAUAAAAUAUUAUCAGUAAUGUAAACUUUGUGAUUUUGAUUACAAAAUAAAUUUUUAUGAUCAUGUGGAAUGUAUGUAUAGGUUUAUGCUGUAUGCAUUGUCUUGCUUGUGUGAGGAUGACAUAACAGUUGUAUCAUCAAGGUUAUAAUGCAAACCAUCCUUUGCACAAAGGUGACUAAUCAAAACAGCAAAAGAGCUAAUUGCUCCUGCAAUAAUUCUUGCCUCUGUAUGUUUUCUCGCUUGAUACUUUCUUGUCAAUCUUCCAUUGUUUCUGGCAGCCAGGUCGCCUUAUUUCUCAGAAAGCUCAGGUUUAGAUUUCAGGUCCCCAGCCAUAGAAAACUGUGAAGUUUUAUAAUUCUUUUGUUAUAAAAGUUGUCAAUAUGAACAAGAUAGAUUUGUAUGCGAUGAAACUUGGCAUAAAAAUACAGUGUUUUGUACUCAAUUUCAUACAGACUAAUGGUAAAUUUCCAGUAAGUCAUCAUUAAAAGGAGCUGUAAAAAAAAAUUUGACUGAAUAACUUGAAAUUUUGUUGUUUGUGCCUUUUAUGAGUGAGCCACACGUGUCUUAUUUGCAACAGUGUUGUCGGCAAGGCUUUGACACGAGUAACACAUCUGUCACUGACAGUCCAUAAAUCUCAUUUGCUGCUAUCAUACAAUCUUGUUUUCAUUGAAUUUUGUUGUCUAUUCCAGAUGGUAUUUUGUUUUCGUUGUAAGCAUAUGUUAUUUCAUAAUGUGCGUCACACAAAAUGAAUCCGUACUUUAUGUUCUUUUGGAAAGGAGAGGGAUUAGGGAUUAUGGGAGCACUUGGUGUUAAGUCAUUUGUAUGUUUGGUUUACAAAAACUGCCUACUUCACAGUAGACUGAGUCCUUGAAGUAGCAUCAGUGGUUGUUUGUUAUUUAUCAUAGCACAUUGGAACCAAGAACAUUGGGGGUUGCAUUAUAUUUUCCAUGAGUGAAUUCAGAAUAUACAUUUUUAAGAUCCUAUACAAAGCUGUCAUUUAGUUAAAAGAUAUAAGGUGUAAACUUAAGAUUGCUGCUUAGGUCUUCCAUUUACUUAAAUUAUUUUAUUAGCCACCAAUUUUAAGCAAUUGUUAUUAUUUAUUAUUUCAUUAUUUGAUUUAUUUUAUUCCAAAAUCAGUAAAUUUGGUUCAAAACAUUUACAAGAUAUCAAUAACAUUUGGCUUCUGGCCUCCCAUCUUACAAGUUUUAAUUUAGGCUAAAAUUUAUAAUCAGCCCGUAAUUUUUCUUAUUGAGGUACUUCAUGUGUUUAAAAUCCAGAUCACCAUUUGUGAUUGCUUUUUUUAGCUGCAUUAUUAGAGGUUAAAGGGGAUAUUGUAGUCUACAACUUUACUUACUGGAUAAAUUGUUUUUGUGUAUGCACAUUUGAAUUAACACCUGUCUUAUUUCACUUGCUGUUGUGGUUUAUUCUUCAUGAAUUACACAAUUUUUUUUUUAUUUAUUUGCUGCAUGAUGCUUGAUGCAGCAAUUGUGACUGAUUAAUUAGUACCUGGUUGUAAAAUGAUAACCUAGUUUAUAAAGGAUACAGACCUAUGCCCUAUAGACCAGUAAAUAAACAAGUAAAUGGAAUGUAUAUGUCUUCAGAUAAACUUGAUCUCAUAAAUAUGUGGACUUUGAGACUAGAGUGUUUGCAUGAUGUGUUGUGGAAAGUCUUAGUAUUGCUAAGUGCCAAUCUCCUUUUGUACCAUACUAGUCCUAUGCCUUGCUUUGUAACUGCCUUACUCAUAAGUGAUUAGGGUUGGCACAUCUGUAAUGUGGUUAAUUGCUGAUAUAAAAUCAUCAGAUAC